AUGGCGACAAUAGAAAAGCUCAAGCGUAUCAACACCGACCUGGCGGCUGAGAACGCCUCUUUCCGUAGUCGGCUCGAUGCACUCCGAUGUGAGGCUGAACACAAGAAGGAUUGCCUACGGCGGAGUGCCCACUAUGUGGUUGCAUUGAAGGAGGAACGGCGGGAAAAGGAGGACAAUAUUGUCAAGUUGGGAUCUCUAGUGGAAUCUCUGAACGCUGAUAAGAAGGAAUUAAAGGCGGCUGCUAGUCACGUACGUAGCGACAACGACAGGCUCGAGAGAAUCGUUCAGGAAUUGCGAGAAGAGAUCUCGGCGUUGAAGGCUCUUCGUGACGAAGGGGAUGAUCAAGUGAUUCGUUUGCAGCGAGAAGCAUUGGACUUCCAGCAGGAAGCGCGGGAUCUUCGAGGGACCCUAGCGCGUGUCCGAACAGCCCUGGACCAGUCGAGACGUGAGCGGGAUCACUGGAAGCAGCAGAGUUUAGAGGCGACUCAGCACUGCUCAGAAAUGGAUGAGCGAAUCGCUGAGUGCGGCAUAAAGAUUCGCUUGCUCGAGUAUAUGAUGUUCAGGUUGACCAUGAGGGUCAAAGCUCUCGAGCUCGAGAAUGCUCAGCUGCGCGGCCGUGGAGGAGGUCAGCUUCCCUCGGUUGAUGAGGGCGCCGUUGAUGAAGUCCGUGACGAUACCACCAGCGGAGAGGAUGAUACCGAGUGGUAUCAGCUUACUCAGCGGAUGGCAGCGAUCGCUGCUAGCUCCUGA